AGGGCAGGACUUACCCUCCUUGAGAACAGGUUAGGUGCUUCCCACUCCACACUCCCCUCUGCCCUCUCUGUCACUGGCCCUGUGGUUUGCUUUGUGGCUGUAGACCGAGUUCCAUGGAGAAGCCAGGAACAGAUGUAGAGGCUCAUGCAGGCUGGCUGAUAAGGCAGGGGAGGAAAGGAGCAGACUGUUUAGAGAGAGAAAAUUGUUAGAGGUAUCUCUGUUCUCUGAAGAGGAUUAACAGGAUGGGAAUAAAGGCAAAAUACAGAUGACAGUAGGGUGACCAGGACCUGGCCAUGGAAAAGGGCUCUUGUGACUUACUGAGGCUGAAUGCUGGUUUGCCAUCGUCUUGCAUUUCCUUUGUCCACCAGGUCAGACUGCUGGGAAUCCACAGUCCUGGCCAUCCUGAACUGUUCCAGAACUGCCCCGGGAGCAGGGAAACCAUCUCCAAGAUGAGACUUGUGAACCAUCAGGUUAUCAGCUCUCCAAAUCAGAUGUGAGUGCUCAGAGCCAGGAGAGGAGAAGCGGAGGGAAGGAGGAGGCCAACCCAAUCCCGAGUGCAGAAUAGAAUUUUCCCAAGGAUAUUUAAAAGAAGAAAGCAGCAUUUUCUAGUGGAUGAAGGGGUUUGAGCAGAGGGAGGUGGGAAUGUCAGGACCUUGGAGGACACAGGUGUCACCUGACUGUCAAGGAUAUGUCAUACACCAUACUGGUCAUUAUGGUAGGAGACACACUUGAAGCUAUGCACAGAGAGGAUGCCAAAAGCAGAGGCAUGUGAUGGAGAAUAAUGCAGAAGCUCAAAGAGCCUGUGGUGGGGAGUUGUAUGUGUCCACCUGGCUAGGAUGUAGCACCCAGUUACUCAAUCCAACACUAACCUAAGUGUUGCUCUGAAGGGAUUUUGUAGAUUGGGCUAACAUCUACUAUCAGUUGACUUAAGGAGAUUGUCUUCAAUAAUUUGAAUAGGCCCCAUUUGAUCAGUUAAAGGCCUAAAGAGUGGAAUUGAGGUUCCUCUGAGGAAGAAAAAAUUCUUCCCCAAGACUGCAGCAUCAUCAGCUUCUGCCUGAGCACUUGCAGCCUGCUGACCUGCCCUGAAGAUUUCAGAAUUUGCCAACCCCACAAUUCCAUGAGCAGAUACCUUAAAGCUGGAGUGCAGUGGCAUUUUCUUGGCUCACUGCAGCCUCCAUUUCCCCAGUUCAAGUAACCCUCCUGCCUCAGCCUCCUGAGUAGCUGAGAUUAUAGCCAUGGACUCCUGGAGAGACGCCUUGGAGGGAACUUGCAAAGAGAUACCAGCAAGAAACAACUCGGAGUGAGGUUUCAACACCAAGGAUGACCCUGGAAGGCCACUUGUUGAAACUGGCAGAGCCAUCAGGAGCCUGGGUUCUCUUGAAUGAACCAGUGGAGCAGAGCCCCUCCUUCCCUCGCCCAUCCUCUGCUGCCCUGAACCUGCAUUGCAUCAUCAGAAUGUCCAGCUUCGUGGAGCCACCUGACACCAUGAAGAAACUGUUCUGGGUAGAAAACUCCUGGCCAGAUGAUGCAUUGCUGGCCAAGCCCAAGGUGACCAAGUCCUGCCUGAACUGCGUGAAGGACAGCUACACCGACUUCCACGUCGACUGUGGGGGCGCCUCCGCCUGGUACCACGUGCUCAAGGGGGAGCAGACCUUCUAUCUCAUCAGGCUGACCUUGGCCAACAUCUCCCUGAUGAGCUCUGGCAGUCUGCCUUUAACCACAGCGAGAUGUUCUUUGCUGACCAGGUCCACAAAUGCUGCAAGUGCAUCGUCGAGCAGGGCCAGACCCUCUUCAUCCCCUCAGGCACCAACAGAGCUUUCAUGGGCAUCAAGGCCUGCAGCCACCCAGGGCGAUUGUCCGCUGGUCCACCUCAGCUAUGCAGGGCCCAGAGGGGAAGCCUGAGCUGGUGUGUCUGGGGCCUGGAUCCACCCCCGUCGUCGCCUGCUUGAUGAAUGCCUCCAAAGCCACCUGACUGGAAGUGAAUACUGUCGCCUCGUCAGAUGAUGUCUGUGAUGGGGACUGGGAGAAGGAGGAGCCCCUGCCUCCAAUUGAGGCCACCCCGCCUCCAAUUGAGGCCACUCCGCCUCAAUCCCUCCUGGAGAAAGUGUCCAAAAAAAAAAAAAAAAGACUCCCAAAACUGUGAAGAUGACCAAGCCAUCCAAAAUCCCCAAGCCCCCAAAACCCCCUAAGCCCCCAGGGCUCCACAAAACGCUGAAUCUCAAAGAUGGAGGCAAGAAGAAAGGGAAGAAGUCCUGAGAGUCAGCCUUGCCUAAUAUCCCCAACCUGGACCUGCUCAAAGCCCACACCAAGGAGGCACUGACCAAGAUGGAGCCGCCCAAGAAGGGCAAGGCCACAAAGACCAUCCUGAGUGUGCCCAACAAGGACGUGGUCCACAUAGAGAAUGAUGUGGAGAGGCUGGAAAUUCGAGAGCAAACCAAGAGCAAGUCGGAGGCCAAGUGGAAGUACAAGUGACGACUCCUUGGUCGAGGGUUUGCUGCACAUCGACACGGACACCAAGCCCGGCCACAAUGCCAGAGUCAAGAAGGAGAGUGGGAGCUUGGCAGCCGAUAUCUUGCACCUGCUGCAGGCCAGCGAGGAGAUCGAUGCCCUGGAAAUACAACCCCAGCAGCCAGCCCCCAGCCUGUCCCAGCAUGCAGGAAGCCAUUCAGGGAAUGCUGUCCAUGGCCAACCUGCAGGCCUCCGACUCCUGCCUGCAGACCACAUGGUGCACUGGCCAGGCCAAGAGGAGCUCGCUGGCAUCCCAUGGUGCCCAGAAGAAUGGGGGUGGCAGCGGCAAGAGUGCAGGCAAGCAACUGCUGAAGAGGGCUGCCAAGAACAGCGUGGACCUGGGCCACUACGAGGAAGAGCACAAGACACCAGAUCUGGGAGUCCCUAGUCUCCAGAACUGUGAUAAGUAAGGUCUCGCUGUCUUGCCUAGGCUGGAGUUCAGUGGCAUGAUCAUACCUCACUGCAGCCUCGAUCUCCCAGGCUCAAAUGAUCCUCCCACGGGCCCAGGGGGGUUGUGGAGUCCCUGGCUUGCACCCAGGGUGUGUGUCUCCAACACGGUGGGGGGGCACCUGGAAGUGGCAAAAAGUGCCCCGGGGCACGGGAACAGGAUGCCAGGCUUGCAGGGGGACGUCGAGGCAGCCCGGCGAAACAAGUGCGAGGCCGAGGAGGAGGCUGUGGUCAUCCCGAAUAGGCCAGUGCCCUCCUGGCCACUCCUGCACCGGCCCUGGCUGGGUGGGGGAUGGUCGUGGAGUCCCUGGCUUGCACCCAGAGUGCCUGUCUUCCCCAUGGGGGGCACCUGAAAGCAGCAAAAAGUCCCCCCGGGGCUCAGGGACAGGACGCCAGGCUUGCAGGGAGACGUUGAGGCACGCCGGGGAAACAAGCGGCAAGGCCUAGGAGGAGGCUGUGGUCAUCACGAGUUGGCCAGUGCCAUCGCGGGAGCCCCUGUGCCACCGGAGAGGCAUCGUGGAGUCCCCAGCUUGCACCCAGGGUGGGGUCUCCGACACGGAGGGCACCCCAAUGGGGCAAGAAGUCCCCCGGGGCAUGGGAACAAACACCAAGCUUGCAGAGUGACGUUGAGACAGCCCGGGGACAAAAGGGGUAAGGAUGAGGAGGAGGCUGGGGUCCUCUGAGGCCAGUGCCUCCUGGCAGCACCUGCACGCGGGGGUCGUGGAGUCCGUGGCUUGCACCCAGGGUGCGUGUCUCCCCCACGGGGGGCACCCCAAAGUAGCAAGAAGUUCCCCAGGGCACUGGGACAGGAAACAAGGCUUGCAUGGGAACGUUGAGGCAGGCCAGGGAAAAAAGCGGGGAGGCUGAGGAGGAGGCUGGCAUCUUCCGGCGGGGGCCAGUGCCUUCCCGGCUACCCCUGCGCCGGGCCCGGGGGGUCGUGGAGUCCCUGGCUUGCACCAAGGGUGUGUGUCUACACCACGGUGGGCACCGCAAAGCGGCAAGAAGUCCCCCGGGGCAGGGGAAUAGGAUGCCAGGCUUGCAGGUGGAUGUUGAUGCAGCAGGUGGAAAAAAGCGGCGAGGCCCAGGAGGAGGAAGGGGUCAUCCCGCGGACGCCAUUGCCUUUCCGGCAGCUCCUGCGCCUGGCCCGGCGUGUCCUGGAGUCGCUGGCUAGCACCUAGGGUGCGUGUCUCCCACAUGGGCGGCACCCCAAAGUGGCAAGAAGUCCCCUGGGUCACGGGUACAGGACGCCAGGCUUGCAGGGGGAGGUUGAGGUAGCCGGGGGAAAAAGCGGUGAGGCCGAGGAGGCUGGGAUCAUCCCUCAGAGGCCAGUGCCUUCCCUGCAGCCCCUGCGUGGGGCCCCGGGGGUCGUGGAGUCCCCGGCUUCACCCAGGGUGUGUGUCUCCCCCCACCGGGGGCCCUCCAAAGCGGCAAGAAGUCCCCCGGGUCACGGGGUAUGUUGAGGCAGCCCAGGGAAAACAACAGCGAGGCCGAGGAGGCGGCUGUCGUUGUCCCACAGAUGGUAGUGCCUUCCCGGAAGCCCCUGCGCAGGCCAGGAGGGUUGUGGAGUCCCUGACUUGCACCCAGGGUGCGUGUCUCCCCCACGGGCGGCACCCCAAAGCGGCAAGAAGUUCCCCAUGGGACAGGGACAGGACGCCAGGCUUGCAGGGGGACGUUGGGGCAUCUGGGGAAAAAAGCGGCGAGGCCCCAGGAGGAGGCUGGGGUUCUCCCGCAGAGGCCAAUGCCUUUCCGGCAACCCCUAAGAAACGAUGAUUCAGGCAGACUUUACAAGGCAAUGACCCCUUUGCUUUCAAUGUAUAAUAGCACGUCCCUAAAACUGUGAAAGAAAAGGAUUACUGAUGGCUACACAAUUUAGUCACAAUCACAGUCAUGUGACUUGCUUUAGUUGAAUGACAUUCAAAGCCUUUUUAAAAAAGAUACCUGUCAUUAACUGCUUCUGCGUUAUGAUUGCUAGGGUAAGUUUCUUUAAAUACACUGUUUUAUUCUAAUAAAUUUUCAGGUGUAUGAUAAAAAUCCUGAUGUCAUAGUAAAUGAAUAUUUCCUGGGGAAUAAGUUGUCCAUGUCUUUGCAACGAAUGCAUGCUUUCACAGAAAACUUCCCCCAGUGGGAUUCUGGCAUCUGGGAUAGUUUAUUUCACUUAAUAGGAACGUGUAGUUUACUGUCCUGGAGGAGUUUAUGCAACAUUUGAUCAACUGCUAUACUAUUUCUUAAGAUGAAAUAAAUAUAUGUAAGAUUUCACAGAAGAUGUCUCUGUGUAAAUAUAAAUUCUCGAUAUUUACUGGCUAUUUCAAAGUGUGGUAGAAAAAGCAGCCACUGUGAUUGUAAGGGCAGAUGCACUUACAAUAAAGAGGGGAUUGUACUGAAUAUGGAGGAGCUGAACUGAUGAUUUAAAAUUUAUCAGAAUAUGAUAGGAGUCCUCUUUAACCACUCUGAGCUAUUUGUAAUAAAUAAACUCGAGUAAUUUUUGUCUUCAAAAAUUAAAGUUAUGCUUCAUCGUGUUGCUC